UAAUUUUGAAUGAUAAUGGGUAGUAGUUACCUGUUACUAGCUUUAAAGUUUACUAUUAUUAGUUACAGUAUUAAUUAUUAUUUGUAUUAAAUUAAUAGUAAUUACUAUUUUCGUUCUAUUUUGUGAAAAUGUUAUGCGUUCGCCUAAUAAGUUAUCGAUGUUUCAACAGUUAUCGUUUUUUAAGUUAUUCUGGAAACUAUUCGGCAUUAAAUUCACUACCUACUAGUAAUAACAAUUUACUAUUUUUAAAAAGGACUGUUGCUUCAGUAUCAUAUCCAUCUUGGUUUAUAGUAUUAUCAAAUUCUACGCCAGUGGCAUAUGCUCAAAACUAUGUAAUUUCUCUUCAUGAAUUAACUGGGACAUCUUGGUGGGCUUCAAUAAUACUCAGUGCGGUAACUUUGCGAUUGGUUAUUACAUUACCAUUAACAAUUUAUCAACAUUACAAUAACGCAAAACUUGAAAAUCUUUCUAUCGAAUUUCAACCCACCGUUAAAGAAAUACAACAAGAAGUAACCAAAGCUAUAAAAUUGCAUAAAUGGCCAGAAAUAAAAGCACGAAGAGUUUAUAAUAAAGCUUUAAAAAAAUACUGGAAUGAAUUAAUUAUACGAGAGAAUUGUCAUCCUGCAAAAUCAACAAUUGUAGUUUGGAUACAACUCCCAUUGUGGAUUUGUAUGUCAAUAGCUAUUCGUAAUCUGACAUUAAUGCUACCUCCAAGCAAUGAUGCUCUUAUUAGAUUUACUGAAUUAACGGAAGGUGGUAUUUUAUGGUUUACAAAUUUAACAGAUAUUGAUCCAACUAUGUGUUUACCUUUGAUUUUGUGUCUUUCUAAUCUCUUAAUUAUUCAGAUUCAAACACAUGCUCGAAAUAAAGAACUCACACGAAAACAGGCAAUAGUUACCAAUAUAUUUCGAAGCAUUACUCUCUUUAUGUUACCUAUUUCAUAUUUCUUACCAUCCGGUGUCAGCUUAUAUUGGACUACAUCAAGUAUUUAUGGAUUAUCUCAGAAUGUUAUUUUGUUGUCUCCACAACUGCGUAAAUGGCUUGGAAUUCCUAGAACACCAUAUAACCAUGAAAACCCAUAUAAAUAUAUAAUAGAUAAAACUAAAUCUAGUAUAAAAAUUGCUAAAUAAUUAUUUUGAUCCCAUUAAUAUAUCAAUUGUUUAUGUGUAGUUAUGUUUUUCCUUUCAUAAAAUAAAUAAUAUUAAUGGAAGGUAUUGCAAAAUGAGAAUGGGUUAUCUAAUAUUAACAUGAUAUACAAAUCAAGGCUAACAUUUUAAUAUAUAUAGGUAGAUUUUAUUUUGUAGAAUUACUUUGUUUUUCAUGUGAAUCAGUUUAAACUUUAUACUUUGACCUUAGAUAAGUAAAUCGUUUAUUUUAUAAUAAAAUAUAUUACUAGUUCAUA